UUGGAAAUUGGAAACUGAAAACUGAAAUAGGAGGCCGCCUCCUGCACAUCCCAUCAUCAUCAUGAAGUUCUGCCUGGUGAUAACGAUGCUGGUGUCCAUUGCAUACUCUGUGGAGGUGCACUUUGAGGCACCAGAUAGCGGAUUCUUCCUGAAGCACGCACGCCAACCACCUGUGACGCCGGAAAUAGCAAACAUACAGCAGACAUCGUCAUCGCCGCCACUGAAGGCGCGCUCCUCGUACGAUUCGGUGCUCUCGCUGGAUCGCUUCACGGUGGUGGAGACCACACAGCCUGUGUCCAUACGCGCCAGCUAUGGCCCAUUCUCCACCAAGCAGACAGUCCCGGCCCGCUACAUUGUACCGGACACAAUGGACAACAACAACCAGAACAACAACAACAACCAGGGAGGAGGAGACUACAUGAGCAACUCCACCGCCACGCUGCUGGAGCUGCAGCAACCGAACAUGCAUCUGGAUAUCUCGGCGCAUUUGGUCAGGGCGAGCGUAUCGCAGGACUCGCCCGUGCUGCGCGUUCUCUUCCAUGCUGGCGCCGAUCCUGGUGGUCAUCUGCAGCGCCAGAAGGUCUGCGUCCUGCUGCACGUGGCCAUGGGCACGGAACAGCCGCUGAAGGGCCGCUGCAUGCCCGAGGGCGAGGAUGGGGUGUGUGUGGCCGAGGUGGUGGUGCCCCUUAGCUGGUGGCCAGCGAUUCCGGCACCCCAGCGCAAGGACAACGCCCCAGCACUGCCGCCCAAGGUACCGCAACGCUAUGCGCAGGUCUCGUACAGCGUCUUUGAGCCACCGCUGCGCAAUCCGGAGCAGUGCGAGCCGAAAGUACAGAUCCAGCCCCUUACCACAUUCGCCCAGGUGCCGCUGAUGCCCGCCAAGACGCCGUUCAAGGAGCUGCGGGCCGACGACUCGGUCACCUUCCUGCUGCCCCAGCAUCCGCUCUAUCCCAUGUCCAAGCUCCAUGUCCCCGUCUUUCUGCACCAGUAUGUGGAUCAGCGGGUGGCCGCCUUCACGGUGCGGGCGCGUGUCAAGGCUGGGCUAAGGAUCAUGGGAGCCACCGCCUCCACCGACCAGUGGAGCGUAUCGAUUGAGAAGGAGAACCCCAAACAUACCACCGCACGGGUCACGGCCUUCCGGAAGGAGCAGGAAUCCAGCAUGGAGUCCGCCAUGGCUGGGAAUCUCACCAACGAAUCGUUCGAGGUCUUCUCCUGGCUGCUGGAGGUGGCCGAGGACACCAACGACAUUGUGGAUGGCGGCAAGAUCGUGUGGUCUGUGACCCAUGUCUAUGACACGCCCAAGGACAAGGACUCCAGCGAACUGAUUGCCACAGACGACACAAAGAAGCGACUGAUUGCCAAGCUGGAGAUCAACAAGGAUGACAUCCAGGCAGUGCUGCCAAUGGCCAAGAUCUGGGAGGUGAUGAACACGGCCGUUUUAACCGGACGGCAAGUGGCCCAGGCCAUGAAGGUGUUCAUUGUCUCCCAGGCAGGCAAGGUGGCCGAUGUGACGCUCCAGAGUUCCUGCCAUGCGGAGGAUGAGAGUGUGAUUAAGGUUUCCUCCUCCUGCAGCUCUGUCUAUGUGGAUGGCUCUGAGCAGCGUGGCUCCUCGAACGCCUCGGUUAUUGUCAAAUACGGCACAUAUGUGGGCAUUGCAAAGUUCAUUGUUUGGAUGCCAGAAUUCCCGCUGGAGGUCUACAUAUCAGACUAUCGUUUGUCCCAGAUCAAGGGCUGGAAAGUGACGGAUGAUAAUCAUUAUCUACACAAUAAACAAUCGCGUCGCAGGAAGAAGCGCUCGUAUGUGUGGGGCCAAAGCCAGGGGCAGCAUGGCAGCAACUAUUACAAUAAUCUUGGGGCAGACAAGACCAUCUGUCGGGCACGCUACCAGCAGAGUCCCGUAGAGGUCUAUGCCAAGUUCCUGGCCGUCGAUCAGAACUCUGGACGCACCAGUUACUUCAUCUCACGGCGAACGGGUCUGCGGGUCACGGAUCUCGUGCAGCCACUGCUACGCGUAGCCGAUCCCAAGAUUGCCUCGCUCAAGGGUCGCAUACUGCAGGGCAAGUCCAUGGGUCGCACCGAUGUGCAGGUUCUAUCGCCCAUCACGGGCCGCGUCAUCGGCACCAAGGAGAUCCGGGUUGGCAGCGACAAGGUGAAUCUCUCGAAGCUGAUUGUCCGCGUGAUUUCGGGUCUGCAGCUAACGAUCACGCCGGACAAUACCAUCGAGAAUGGCUACCUGGCGGAGACCUCGGUCACCCACAAGCUGACAGCCCAGUAUCAGGAGGGGCUGCUCGACAUCGAUCUGGAGUUCAAUGACGGCUCCAAGACCCCCUUGAGGGACAUUGCUGUGGAGGACUACUUCCUGCUGGUGGAGAGUCUCGAUACUGAGGUGGUGGCCUUUGCCCCCAUGCUGGCCUCCCACCAUCCCCGUGUGAUUGCUGUGGGCGAGGGCAAUGGCAAUCUGCUGCGUGUCACACUCCUGCUUUCCGAGGAGUGCCGCACGCGCAGGAGCACUCUGGGCACCGGCAAGCAGAACAAAUCGAAUGUGGCACCGCUGGCCAGUGCCUUGGCCUCCAUUGAGGUGGACUUCAACAAUGUGGAUAUUGUCAGCAAGCAGGAGGCCAUACAAAACGAUGGCACUGUGGGCCGUGGCGAGCGCAAGAAUUUCCGUCAAACGGCAGGCGACCUAGCGGACAUUAUUGUUGGAAUACCUUUGCGGGACUCUAGCCAGCAGUAUGAGCCCACUGUCCAGGCCCGACAGCAUCGCGGCAGCAGCAGCAUUCAGGCCUCGCAUAAGAAUCACUUCAACGGCAAGGGCGGCACUGGCACCAUGUCCUCCAUGGAGCUGGGCAUGUAUGUCCUUCUGACGGCCUUCUGCUUCGCCAUCAUUGUGUUUGUGAUCUCGUGCGUGGUGUAUGCCUCGAAAUUCCGACCGGCAUUGAUUGAAUCCGGUCUGGAUCCAUUGUCGAUGGGCAAGGGCAGUGGCGGAGGCGGUGGCGGGGGCAUAUCUGGCGGUGGUUUCCGCGAUGUACGCCUCAAGGAGUCCACCACAAACGCCCAUGACUGGGUCUGGCUGGGACGCUCCACCAUUGAUCGGCAGUCGGUGGUGGCAGAAACGAAUACACACUUGAAUGCACGCGAUUCCCGCAUGCGCAUCACUAGCAAUCCGAUCAUCAACUACGACAAUGGCCGUCGCGUCAGCUCCUUUGAUCAGCAGCCCAAGCUGCAAACGCAUAUUGUGCCGGCCUCCAAUUUGAAUAAACAGCAUGCAGAUCACUAUUUGGCCAAUGAGCGUAAGGAGCUUCCUGGAGGAGCCCUGGACUAUAAACCGCCAGUGCCGCCGCAUAGGAAUGUGGGGGCCAGAGCGUGUCUGCCGAUCGUCCAGCCACCAGCAGCAGCAGCAGCAGCAGUAGCUCCGGCACCAGUUCCAGUGAAGGAGGUGGCCAAUAAACGGCAUAGUCAGCUGUAUAAACGAGAGCAUUUGCAGAGCAGCAGCAUCAUUAACAAUAAUAAUAAUAACAACAACAGCAGUGGCAGCAUCACUGGCCUUAGCAAUGCCAGCGAUAAUAACAACACCAAUAAACAGCAACAGCAACAGAAACUGCAGCCACUGGAACGUCCGCAACAUCAGCGCAGUCAUAGCCAUAGCCAUAGCCACAAUUUUAGCCAGGAGCCAGCAGGUGCCAUCAUCAAGGCGGCACACAAUAAAAUCAAGCAACAGCAGCAGCAGCAGCACCACGAGGAACUGCACAACGCUGAGAAGCUAGUGGAGUACACAAAUCCACAUCAGAAGAAUGCAUUUCAAUUCGAUUCGCUGACACCAAAGAGAGUAACCAAAGCAGCAGCAGUAGCAGCAGCAGCGGCAGCAGCUGUGCAGAAAGCCAAGGAUAACCACAGCAUGGUUAGCAGCACUGGGGAUGCGGCCAAUUCGAAUGGCAGCGAUGAGAUAAUGCGGCUACCAUCGUCUGCCAGUGUCAGUGGCAGUGCCAUCAGUCAUGUGCCGGUGCCGGUGCCAACAACAAAAUCAUCGCGCGUUAAGCGUGCCACAGUCGUGGGAAAUCCGAUGUUCUCGGCCACCGUCGAUGAUACAGAGACACCCGGUGAGCGUCUGGGUCUGGAUGAUCUCGAUAUGGACUACGAACAGAUCAUGCAUUACUUUGAUAAUUUAAAGGAAUCAAAUGCCUGAGUGCAAGAGAUCAUUGCUAAAAUUCGCGAAAUAUUGUCAACGUUCCAUCAGCAAUAUCAGAAUGUGGCCACGCCCAUGACAACGCCUACACGCAAACAGAUGCAAAUGCUCGAUGAGCUGGUAGCAUCAACAGCAACCACUACACCAACAACCAGCAAAACAAUAUCGCCAUUGCCACAGGAGCAGAAUGAGGAGAUCGGUGCUGAUGGUGCUGCUGCUGCUGCUGCAGCGGCGGCGGCCGCAGCAACCACUGCAUUCGAUGCCUAUGACGGAGCGCUGAAUAUCGAGAGCAGGCAGUUCUAGGGACAAACAACACACAGAAACACACAAACGGCAUCUGAACGCAAUUCUAGCAAUACCUUUUUCUUAAUGGAGGAACCCCCCAGCCCAGGGCUAUGUGGCAUAUCCAAUGCUGAAAUGGAAAUCAAUUCGGAAACGAAACUGAAGGAGGAAUGAGGAAGGAGGGUAGCCAGCAGCAGCAUGGGAAGCAAUGGGAGGAGGAGUACGAGGAGCAGUGCAAGCAACAACAAAACAUAUUUAUUGCUAGGCUAAGUUCAUAUUUAAAGCAUAUAUAUAUAUAUAUAUACAUAUAUACUAUAUGUUUGUAUGUUAUGUGGAGAUACAAAUCCAAAAUGUAUCUCGAGGAGCGCGUGCUUGACACAAUCGGCGGAAAACACAUAGACACACAAACACACACACACACACACACAGACGGACACAUUUGGUAUAUGCACAUAACUCAUGGAUGCAGCAUACCCUGCCCCUCCCCCCUCCGUAUAUAAGUAUAUAUACGAUGUAGUUAAGGAUCAGCCAUCAAAAGCAUAGCUUAAUCCAAAACAAAACAAAAAAACAACAAAAAAACAAAACGCCAUUUUUUCUCUCCGCUUCAGCAUCUAGAUAAUUGCCAUAUCCCAUCGCUGCUUUAGUUCUCACACAUAAGUAACUCGAUCUCUCGGUACCCCGAUUGCAUAUCCUACAAAUUGUAAUACUUCUCGUCGAAUCAUCAAAAGAAAGUCUCUCUCUUUUGUGUGUGUGCCAUAAGAUAGAAAGGGAGAGAGUGAGAGAGAUAUAAUAAGAGAGAGAGAGAGAGAAGUUUCCACAAAAUGUGCCGGGCACCGCUCCCAAAAGUCGCUAGAACUUAAAAACUGAAUAAUAUACAUAUAUGUACACGAUAAA